AUUUCCUUCUGCUAUUUUGUUGUUGUUUUUUCACUGCCUUUUGUUUAAUAUAAUUGGCGCUAAUAUUUAAUACUGAUGCUGAUGCUGAAUUGCUAUUUGUCCAAAGUAAUAGGUCUAGUUAAUGGAACCUAUACCUCUUCCCCCUCCUUUCCCAUUACUGCCAAAGGAGGGAAGCCCGAAUAACCUGUCAAAAUCUGAAAACACCAAAAGCAAUGGAGUUGCUAUAGAUUUGGAUCCUGUGGAACUUUGGAUGAAGCUAAAUGGAAAAGUAAAUGGUACUUUCCUGGUGGCCUGGCAAAAUACCCCUACAGUUCUGCAGAAUGGUCCACAGUGUGGACUUGUUGCCUUAGCCAUGGCUGCUCAAUCCCAUGGGCGAGCAAUUGAUACAGAUUCGAUAUUUCAAAAAGCAUUAAAUAUGGGAAUUACCAAACAAGGAGAACUAUUCAGUUCCUUUGCUAUGUGUGAACUUGCCAGUUGUAUAGAAAUGAAACCUUUGCUUCUCGAUGACGGUUUCCGCGAUGCCGAAGUUUUGUUACGAUAUUUAAUAUCGGACAAAAUGCUUCUUGUUCCGUAUGAUGCUGAUUGUAACCAUUCACCAUGUCUAAAAAACGGCCAUAAAGCCCAUUGGGCGUUGCUGGUUGGAAUUCUCUUUCAAGUGGAUGACAGUUUCAACCACAACGGAUGUUGUUCACGAGAGCUUCUGAGGCAAAACAUUUAUCGGAUAUCAGAUGUGCAUGCCAGUUGCGACCUGCCUAGUCUAGUAAAUAAAGAAAAGAUUUAUUUUUUGGCCAAACAUGGGAAAAGUAAACGAUUGGCCAUCUGGAGCUACAACAGUUUGCAAGCCAGUAAUAAUAAUUUGCAAGAAGUUGAUCCGAAGCGCGUGAACGAUCUAGAAUAUGUCCUCCCACCUAAUAAUAAUUUAGCAGACCUACGCGGUAAAGUAAUAGUUUUGUGCUAA